GUGUUAAUCGCUUAAAAAUAGUAGUAUCAUAGAUUUGCUAUGAUAGUGACACCGUUUAUUACAACAUUAAAGUCUAUUUACUAUGAAUGUGCACGAUCUGAUGCAACUUUCACUUAGAUAUCAUCUAGAGAAGGGACCAAAUGGACCUUGCGUUAUAUCGGAGCUGCCUUGAAGCGAACGUCCGCAGGUGCGUUAGCGUAAUAUGUAACAUAAUGUAUGCACUAAGCAUUACUAUUGGUUCGUGACACACAUAUCGCUGCGAUUCAGAAAAAUGAAGUACAAAACAAUGAAGUACAAAACAAUGCCAGCUGCUGUGUGGAUCGCUGGAGCUUCUUAACACUUAGAUCAACUUCAUAAAUACUGUAAUAUAAAAUGUACAUGCUAUAUAAUAUGUAGGUUGUAACUUGUGUUCACGAUUAAAUUGACCGUGUUUCAGAUAACAUGGUAUAGGAUGAUUUAAUAAUUGAAAUUGAUUACCGGGCCUAUAUUUCAUUAACCUAUUUGGUUUAUGGUUAGUUUAGUAAAUAUAAUAAACCUGUCAGUUUAAUGGAUGGUGUAAACGUAAAGGUUUUUAGAGUGCACACGCUGUAUCUUCUUGAGAUCGUUACACAAUUCUCUUGGUAAUCUUCAAAUUACAAUUCGUUCUUACAAAUCACCACAUUACUUUUUAGCUUUGUUCUCUAUUUCAAAUGUUUAUCUUAUCAUAUAAAGCACGAGAGUUUUCGAAAAACAAAUAGCAUCAUAAUAAACAAAUAUAUAAAAACAAUAUAAUCCAAAAAUUCUUGAACUAUAAGUUUACUUGUCAUAUUUGUAUCCUUAACCUUCUCACGUCAUUCACACAGAAUUGAUUUAAUUAUGAUCUUGGACUGUUUUGUUAAAUGACAAUAUUAUUUUGUUCAUCUACCCUCGAUAGUAUUAUAAACUGGUCUUUGUUAUAUUGAUAGCCGAAGCAUUUACACGCAUAAUCUAAACCAAGUUAUGUUAUAAGUAAAUCUAAAAUGAAUGACGUUUUUAUUAGAGGACUACAUGUUAAUCCCCGAAAUGUGAGAGCACAGAGUAAACAAAGUCAUGCACAUUGGAGAGUAGCCAUGGCGAUGGGCGGUGCGAUGGAUAGCUGUGGUCGUUGUAUGAAGAUCUCAUUGGUGGCAAUGAAUAUUUUAACAUUUCUGGGGGGUGUGCUAGCUCUGGGUAUUGGAGUUUGGAUCUGGGUGUCGCGAUCCUUCCCUAGUACGCUCAUGAGCAACAAUAUGUUCAUAGCGUCAGUUGCUGUUGUGGUGGCGAUGGGAGCUGCUGUUAUGAUCCUAUCCUUCCUGGGUUGUUGCGGCGCCGCUAAAGAAGUCAAGUGUAUGUUGCUAACGUAUUAUAUUCUAGUGUUCAUAAUCUUCGUGGUGAUGCUGGUGGGCGGGAUCCUUCUGUUCGUGUUCAGGGUCAAGGUGCUCUCGACUUUGGAGCGAGAGAUGCACGCGUCCAUCCCCAACUACGGUACUCGUCGUGAGUACACGCGCGCUUGGGACGAAACGCAGACCAAACUGCAAUGUUGCGGCGUCAAGAGCUACAAGGACUGGAAUGACAACGUCCCUGACAGCUGCUGUGUUGAAGUUUAUCCUGGACAGAGACGAGACUGCAAGUAUUCACAGAAUCCAACUACGAUGUACAUGGAUGGUUGUUUUAAUAAGACUGUAGACUUAUUAAGGGAGGAUGCGGCCUAUGUCGGCACGGUCGCCGUUGUGGUGGCUUUAAUUAUGGUGCUGGCGCUUAUAUUUUCCUGUGGUUUGUUCGUUAAAAUAGAGUGACAUUACAGCGUAUCUGUUACGACUUGAACAUUAAUGUCAAUUAUUGACUGUCAGUUGAUUGUCUUAUGCGAGCGUCAGUCAUUCUGGCCUCGCAUUAUGUAUUACAUUAGUUAAUUUAUUUUCUAAAUGUAGAUAAACAUUUAAAAUAAAAAUUAUACUGAUUUUCAAUAAAA